CUGAGAGGGCUUGCGCCAGGUCCGCAGGUGCCUAUCCCGGCGCCGUCCCGCCCUCUCGGCAUGGGGGUCCCCAAGAGGAAGGCCGGGGACGGCCAGGACGGCGCGGCGUCCCCCUCGGGCGCAGCCAAGCGGGUCCGCACCGAGGAGCUCACGGGCGUGCGCUUCAAGGCUCAGCUGAAGGACCCUCAAGGCGCGGUGCCGGCUUUGGAAGCCUUCGUCGCUGCGGCCAAGACGCUCCCACGAGAGGACGUCUAUGACGUCGUAGAAGGCUACAUCAAGAUCUCCGUCGAGUGCGCAGAGGUGUUCCAGCUGCUGAGCGGGGAGAAGCGGCCAGAAAGCGAGAUGCUGUUAAUAUUUCAAGCUUUUGAGGCCGUGUUAUUGCGGACGGCCAGCGAUCUGUCCCACUUCCACGCUGUGGGGACCAACAUCGUGAAGAAGCUACUGAACAACCACAUGAAGCUCAUCUGCGAGUCCCUGUAUGCCUCGGGGUACAGGAUGGCUCGGGCCUGCCUGAGCCUCAUGGCCGCCAUGGUGACCCAGGGCCCCGAGGCCGCCAGGGACGUCUGCAGCCACUUUGAUUUGAAUAACAAGACCUUGCACACCCUGGUGACCAAGAGAGAUUCGAAGGGCGUGCACGACGUCCGGCAGGCCUACAUCCAGUUCGCCCUGUCCUUCCUGGUCGCCGGAGACGACAGCGCCGUGCUGCACGUGCUGGAGCUGAAAGAAUUCAUUCCCUGCAUUUUUAGCUCGGGCAUAAAGGAAGACAGGCUCUCUACCGUCAAUAUUUUGCUGUCCACGCUGAAAACAAAGGUGGUUCACAACAAAAAUAUCACGAAAACCCAGAAGGUGCGUUUCUUCACCGGGCAGCUGCUGACCCACAUUGCGUCUCUCUACGGCUGGAAGGGAGCCGUCGACGUGGACCUGGAAGACACCGAGGCGCCUGCUGAGGAGGCGGGGAAAGCCGCGGCGCGGGAGCUGGUGCACGGCUUCCUGUUGGACCUGUGCUGCUCGCUCAAACACGGCAUCAACUUCUACGACGCGUCUUUGGGUACCUCCGGCAGAGGCGGCAACCUGACGCUGCUGCACUUCCUGCUGGGCCUGAGGACAGCGCCCGAGGACGAGCUGGUGGCCGAGCUGGUGGUGAGCAUCCUCAGAGUGUGCCCGGACCUGCUGAGCAGGUACUUCAAGGAGACCACGUUUUCCUUCCUCCCGAGGGCGAAGCCCACUUGGUUCAACAACAUGAAGCUCCUGAACAAGAUCUACGAGGCCCAGCCGGACAUUUCCCGGGCGUUUCAGACCAGAGAGUUCAUCCCUCUGCCCCGCCUCCUGGCCAUGGUGAUGGUGACCACCGUGCCCCUGGUGUGCAACAAGGUCAUGUUCACCCAGGCACUAAACCUGGACAGCAAGUCAGUGAAGCGCACGGCCUUGUCCCUUCUCUCCGUCAUCCUGGAGAGAGCACUGAAGACCAUUGACCACUGCCUGAGCGGGGACGCGUGGCAGGCGCUGGGCGUGUACACGGCCCCGCUGAUGGGGGACUUCGUGCGGCUCUUCAGAGAAGCCCUGAGCAAGGUGUUACCAGACCUGAACACCAUCGUGUGGGUCUGGCAGUCGCUCAGGAAACAGGACACCAGCCAGGAUGACGGCAGAGGGAAGAGGCGUGACAGAGGGAAGAGGCGUGACGGUGGGGCUCCGGUGGCCGGCGAGGCGCCCCCGUGCGACGACGCGGAAACCAUUCUCCUGAAAGCCGCCCUGCUCCAGACCAUCUGCCUGUACCAGAAGGUGGUCCCGCACGUGGUCACGCAGUACAACUUCGACUUCAGCAAACUCCUGAGAGGUGCGAUUCCACAGCAGGGCCUGCGCGGGCAGGUGCCGCCCACCCUGCAGCACCACGUCCUGAAGGUGGCCCUGGAGCUGCCCGCCAGCAAGUUUGCGUGGCUGAAGGCGCAGGAGGGCCCGGAGGUGGAGAUCAUCGGAGGGGAGCGGUCCGUGUUCUACUUGCUGAUGAAGAUGUUCGUGACCAGCACCCACCCGCAGCUCAAGUCUCUCACCAAGCUUCUCAUCAUCAAGGUCCUGCGAGACACGGGCGUGUUCGAGCACACCUGGAAGGAGCUGGAGCUGUGGCUGGAGCACCUGGAGGACUCGGGGGGCGACGGGCAGGAGGCCGUGGUUCAGUUCCUGGAGCGCGUCUUGCUGACGCUGGUGGCGAAUCCCUACUCGUACACAGACAGAGCCUCCGACUUCGUCCAAGAGGCCAGCACACUGCAGGCCCCCGCCGCCAGGCAGGACGCCGACGACGUCAGCAUCCCGGUCUCCCACAUCGACGACGUGCUGGACACGGUGGACGUGCUGGUGGAGGGCAGCGAGGGCCUGGGCGAGGAGAUCGGGCUUCCGCUGAGUGGAGACGUGGCCCUGCUCACGUUCCCGUUCAGCGCCGUGGUCCCCGCCGCCCUGGAGGCCAGGAACAAGCUGCUGCUCGGGGCGGAGAGUGACGCAGGGGACAGCGUCGUGGCGUAUCUGACAGCCGUGCUCACAGACCUCCUGCACAGCCAGAGGGACCCUCUGGCCCUGUGCCUCCUGCUUCAGGCUUAUGACACGUUCGAAGCUCCGGCCCCACCCUGCUGCCCACAGCUGUCCUGCUUCCGCAGGUACUACAGCCUCUGGAUCCCGGAGCCUGCCCGCGAGGCCUCGCCGCUGCAGGUACUGGGCGGCCUGGCCCCCCGGGGCCCCUCGGCCAGCUCCUUCGGCGCCCUGCUGCAGACGGCCUUCCAGAGCGAGGGCGGGCUGCUGGAUGAGGUGGCACGGGCAGAUCUGCAGGCCGCCAUCUCUCGCCUCCCGCUGCCCCACAUCCUGCGCUCGGCGACCCAUGUGCUGCUGUACCUGCGGAGCACUGUGGAGCGCUUCAGGCAGCUGGGCCGCAACGCGGGGCCCUCUGUGCUGCAGCUGCUGCUGGACCUGCUCCGGCGCUUGGUCCUGCACUGCGAGCAGCUGGACGCCCAGAACCGGCGGAAGUGCGAGGCCACGCAGGCCGAGUCCGACCUCUUCCUGGACGUGGAGUCCGCUGCCUCGCUGGAGCUGGCCGGCGACAAGACGCUGGAGGAGGUGCUCGUGGCCGUCCUCGGACACCCCACGCUGGAGGGCUGGUUCCUGGCCCUGGAGCGGCAGGCCCUGCCGCCGCACGGCCUCAGCCCCGUCCUGGCGAAGCUCCUGGCGGCCCACCUCAGCGCGGGCGUCCUGCCGCUGCUGGUGGCCAGCGCCCCGGCCCUGCAGCGCCUCGGCCGGCUGGGCCUCCUGGCCAGGUACUCGGAGGCCGUCGCCCAGGCCGUGCUGAGGGCGCUGCGGAGCAGGAAGGCGGGCCCCGCCCCAGCGCCCCCCGGGGCGCUCCCGCAGCUCGAGGCCCUGCAGGGGCUGCACGCGUACAUGGAGGGCGCCCAGAUCCGCGAGGUCACGCGGGCCCUGCUGAGCCUGCCCGCAGCCCACCUGCUGGCCCAGCAACCCACGACGCCCCCUGGGAAGGAGAGACGCCUGAACGCCCUCGGCAGGACCCUGGUCCAGCUGCUGACCAGCAGGCCCGAGGGUCAGCUGCCGCGCAGCGAGCUCCUCUGGGCCUCCGAGUACGUGAGAGGCGUGGGGGCCUUGCUCCCUGCGCUGGCUGCGGACGAGCUGGACGCCGCGAUGCUGCACGCCCUGCGGAGCGCGCCCGAGCUGGCCCCCGCGGCCGGGGCCGGCCUGCUGGACUACUGCCUGGCCCGGCGCUCGCCAGCAGCCCCGGCCAUGGGUGCCCUGCUCGUGCAGCAGAGCUGGACCCACCUGCUGCGGUUCGAGCUGUGGUGCGGGCGCCCGGGCGCGGGGCUCCGCCUGCGCAAGGGCCUCGAGGACCUCCUCCCGGUCGUGCACGCGUACCUGCGGUGCCGGCCUCAGGGACGCUGCGCGCGCCCCGCCGCAGUGUCCGCCGCCACCGCCGCCGUCCUGAGGAAGGCCCUGUGGCGGCGGCUGCAGGCCAGGCUCUUCUGCGCGGAUGGGCCCCGGGGGCCAGAGCUGCUCCCCGAGGUCCUGGCCCAGCUGGUGCCGUUCGCGAGAGCCAAGGACCUCCGCGCGCUCAGGGAGCGCUUGCCCAGUCUGCUGCAGACCCCAGGCGGCCACGAGAGCAGCUGGAUCGUGGCCGACUCCGUCUCGGCGGCCCUGGAGGGGUCGGCAGAAGAGCUGCGAGCCUGGCAGGAGACCCUGCUGCAGGCCUGUGUGCAGUGGCUGCUCAGGUCCUUCGGGGGCCCUCAGCUGGACGGAGACGGCGCCCGGGGCCGCGAGGAGCCCAUGCUGCUGAGGCUGACCCAGCUGCUGAGCUCACUCCGCGAAGUGGACCCUGCAGACUGGCAGGAGCUGGUGAAGGCCGGGCUCAGGUUUCGGUACCAGGACCCCGCGUUCCUGCGGGCGCUCUGCGCCGCCCUGCCGCUCCUGUACCUCCCGGAAGGCCCCGGGCGCGCCAGGCCGCUCCCGCCGCCAGCGCUGCACGCGCUGCUCACCCAGCACUCCCUGUUCCUGCCCGCCCUGCUGACGUCCGAGCAGGAGGACGACCACCACAGCCGAGUGAAAGAGGCGCUGGUGGACCUGCUGUUGGGGCUGGUGAGGAUGUGCCCGUCUGUCUGUGACAGCAGCCACUUUGCGGUGCUCCUCGGGGCCUAUGGUGCCUCUCUCAGCGUCCUGGACCAGAAGAUUUUACUUCUCCUGCGGGCGUAUGAGCAGAACGGCCUCAGCCUGGCCAACUUCAGGGCGCUGCUGUGGGGCCCGGCGGCCCUGGAGCACCACAAGACGAGCCGGAGCCUGGGCAAGUCGCUGUGGCAGCAGCCGAGCGUCGGGGACGUCCUCCGCCUCCUGGACCGGGACCGGAUGAUGGGGACCAUCCUCCACUUCCCCCAGAACCGGAGGCUGCUGCCCCCCGAGGACGCGCAGGACCCGCUGUUUGGGGACAGGAGCACAGCGGAUCUCGACAGCCUCUACGACCCCUGCUUCCUCCUGCAUCUCUUCAGCGAACUGACCAGGCCAGAAUGUGUGGUGGAUUGUCGAAAAUUUCUGGACUCAAAUGCGCUGGGCCUGACCGUCGCGGCCCUCAGCAGCUAUGACCCCCAGAUGCGUGCUGCGGGCUACUACGUCCUGGCGGCCUACUACUCGCACGUGGAGGGGGCCCGGUUCCGGGAGCAGCCCCAGGUGCUGUACCUGCUGGAUGUGGUCCGGAACGGGGUCCGCACGCCGAACAUGAGACUCACCUUCACUCUGGCCCUGUUCAUCGCCAAAGCAGCCCUACAGAUUUUGAAGCCAGAGGACCACAUGUACCUGAAGAUCAACAAGUUCCUGCUGUCUCACGAGCACCUGAACAUGCGCAAAGUCCCCGGCUUCUACCAGUUCUUCUACAGCUCGGAUUUCCAGCACAACACUGAACGCAAGUGGCUGUUCGGGCUCCUGCGGCAGGGGAUCCGCGACCGGCACUGCUACGAGCUCUACGCGCGGCGGGGGGUUUUCCACGUGCUCCUGUCCUCCUUCCACAGCCCGCUGUGUGACCAGGCGGCGCAGAGCUGGGUCCUGGAGAUUCUGCAGAACGCUGCCCGGGAGGCCAAGCCUGCCUACGAGCUGCUGCGGGACCACAGCCUCCUCACGUGGGUCCUGCACACCCUGGAGAGCCGGUUCCUGGAGACCCCGCUGCUCUCCAGCAUCAUCGGCUUGGUGCACACGCUGUGGGUGGCCACCCUGGGGGACAGAGGCGUGGAGCAGGGCGGUGGGCCACCGGGCCCGGCCGGGCCCCGGGAGCCCCCAAAGCUGCUGGCCCUGCACCUGGUCGAUGAGUUCCUCUACGUUCUCACCGCGCUCGCGAAGCACCUGAGGCCCGGCCUGGCCCCCGCCCCGCUGACCAGCUUCUUCGGGGCCUUGGACUCCGUGCUGAGGUACCGGGCCACCGUCAUGCAGGCCUUCAGGGACAGGGGCCGCUUCACCGUGAACGCGGCCGCGCUGUCCACCAGGGAUGCCCUCGUCCUCCUGCACAAGUGGAGCCUCCUCGAGAGGGACAUCGCGCUCCAGGAGGCCCUGACAGCCGCCGCGGAGAAGCUCCACGCCAGGGAGCUGCUGAAAAUGCUCAAGGACAAGAACAAGCCUGUCGCGCCACCGCGAGCCCGAGGCCCUCAGGGCAGGAAGAGUGGGCCUGGGGAGGCGGCCGAGGCGGCCGAGGCGGCCGAGGCGGCCAGCCCGGAGCUGCAGGCGUCCAGUAUGGAGACGUGCAAGGGCCUGCUGGCGUCCAUCCUGACCCACUGGGCGCCAGUGUUCCCCGGCCCCACGCAGGGCCCCGGGGGCCAGGCCCCGCCCCAGAGCAGCACCACAGGCCCCGCACAUGCCGUGGCGUCCCUGGCGGUCCGCUGGGUACUGCAGUCGGCAGCCGAGCACCCACUUGGUGGGGCCCAGGCUGCGGGGCUGUUCCGCUGGCUGCAGAGCCACGUUGCGCCGCAUCAGCCACUCGUGGCUGACCUGCUCCAGGACAGCGUGGCAAGGAGCAGCCUGUUCCAGCUGUACAGCCGGCUCUGGGGCGAGGAAGGGCUGGGGGCCCCCGAGCAGAGCAGGGCCUGCCAGCCCAGUGCGGUCAUGCUGCAGCUGUUGGGGGCCCCGUUGCCCCCGGCGGUCGAGACCCUCCGCCUGUCGGCUCUGGAGGACAAAGAGGAAGCCACACGAGCCUCCGCGGCCUUCCUGCUGUCCCUGUACAUCCAGGACGCCUGGCUGGGGGCCCCGCGGCCGGACGCGCUCGCCGCCCACGUCCAGAUGGUCUGUGAUGCUGCAGGGGAUGCGCCGAGCGACGACCAGGACGCCAUCGUCAGGCUCUGCAGGGACGUCGCCGCCGUGGCCCCGACGCAGGACACCAUGCUGGCUGGCGCCUCAGGCAGGUUCUAGAAGUUUGAGUCGUUUUCCGUGGAAGACACGCAAGGGACAGCUGGCAUAUUGACUCAGUCUCCUGACGAGAAAAGUCGGCUUUAUUUCCUUGCCCAGAGCGACCGCACACAGUCCACGUCGCGGUGCCCGGGGGCCCCUCGGGGCGUCGGAGGGUGGCGCGUCCUCACGGGGUCCAUCGCCCUUCCGAGGGGCGUUCCCGUGCCAGCGUCACGCGUCACAGACGUUAGAAGACGUCCAGACCCGGCCGGAGGCGCGGCGCGGGCAGCGGCGCCGGGAGCCUUUCUGUGAGGGGUCGUGUCGAGGCUCGUGUAUGUGUUUCGUGAACUCCUGCCAGAGGUUCUUCAUUAUUUUAUUAAGUGAAAGGGUGUUAUAGCAAAUCCUUAAAGGAUAACAUUGACCUGAGCUCUGCUUAGGGAAGGUAGCCUGUGUUUUUUAAGGUUGUGUGCCAA